AUGUUAUUCUUAUAUUUCAUAUCAAUAUUUUAUUUAAUUAAACAUUCAUUAACUGAACAAUGUCCAUCAUCAGAUUUAUGUAUAUGUUCAUCAGAUUUAACAAUAAUAACAUGUACAAAUCGUCAAUUAACAGAUGAAAUAUUAAUUAAUCUUAAUAAUCAAUUUCCAAAAUCUACGAUAGUAUUAAAUCUAUCAUCAAAUUCUUUAACAUCAAUAAAUUCUUUAACAAAUUUAAAUAAUCUUCAAAUAGUUGAUUUAUCAUAUAAUAAAAUUUCUUAUUUACCAUUAAAUUUAUUUACAAAAUUUUCUCAAUUAUCAUCAUUAUAUAUAUCAAAUAAUUUAAUAAAAACAAUACCAAAAACAUUUAAUGAAAUUUCAAAUAUAAAUUUUGAUAUAUCAAAUAAUCCAUUAAAUUGUACAUGUACAUUAAAAUGGUUAAUAAAAUGGUUUGAAACAAUAAAUCUUUUAAAUAAAAUAAAUUGUCAAAAAUCAAAAUAUUUAAAUGAAAAUGAUUUUUGUUUAAAUAAAAAAAAUUUUCUUUUUAUAACACCUGAACAAUCACAAAUUGUUUAUCAAAAUGAUCCAUUUACAUUAAAUUGUUCAUCAAAUACAAAAACUUAUUGGACAUUUAAUGAAAAAUUUUAUUCAAAUAAUUCAACUAUAUUUAUUCCAUAUUUAUAUUUAAAUCAUUCAGGUUUAUGGACAUGUCAUAGUUUUAAUUUAAAUCGUUCAAUAUCAUUACAUGUUUUAAAUAUUCAAACAAAUCAUUUUUGUCAAUCAUUACAAAUGGAUACAUCUAAAGGACAUUUUUAUUGGCCACGUACAUUAACUGGUCAAAUAAUACAAUUAAAAUGUCCAUUUGGUUCAGCAGCAUGGUUAAUUAAUUCAUAUGAUGAUCCUAAAGCAUAUUAUACAUGUUCAUUUAAUCGACAAUGGAUUGAUUUAGAUUUAUCACAAUGUGCAUUUCGUACAAAUAUAUCAAGAGAAUUUGAUCAUUUAUUAUCGAUAAAUUCAACUAAUUUAUUAAAUAAAUUAUUAACAUAUAUAUCAAAAAUUGAUAUUAAAGAAUUUAAAUUUGAUGAUAUUAUUUUUUUAAUUGAUUUAAUUGAUGAAGAACAAGAUAAAUAUAUAUAUAUGAAUAAAAAUAUUGAAGAAAUUUCAAUGUUAAUUUAUCGUUUAACAGAUUUUAUUUUACAAAUUAAUCAAGAUUUUAUUCAUAUUAAUGAAUAUCAAUUAGCUUUAAAUAGAUUAAGAUUUAUAUUAGAAAAUUUAUUAAAUUUAACUAAUUAUUCAUGGGUUUAUGUUGGAAAACAAUUAACAGCUAUGACUUUAGAAUCACCAUUACCACCAACAAUAUGUUUUAUACCAAAUCGACCAUUAUUAACAAUUGUUUGUGGAAUUCUUAAUCGACAAUAUAAACGUCAUGAGACUGGAUUAGCAACAAUUCAAUUUCCAUUAAAAUCAAAUAUAAGUAUAAAUCAAUCAUCAAUUUUUAGAAUUAUUUUUUAUCGAACAUCAACAUUGUUUACAUCGGAUAUAAAAACAAAUAAUAAUCCUGUUAUUUAUAUGCAACUAAUAACAUCAGGUAAUGUUUCAACCGUAACAGUGACAUUUUAUGGUCAAUCAAAUCAAGCAUCUAUAGGAAUAUGGAAUUUAAAUGAAACAUCUUGGCAAAUGAAAUCAUCUUUUUGUCAAAUUAAUAGACAAAAUAUUGAUUUAAUAUCAACGGAUUGUACUUUAACAAAAGAUACUUCUUUAUCGAUAACAUAUUUAAAUAAUUUCAAUGAAAAUCCAAGUUUAUUUUUAAACACAAAUUAUUCAGAUUUAGUUAUUUAUAUUUCAUCAAUAAUAGGAUCAGCUUGUUUUUUUAUUUGUAUACUUUUUUAUGUUUGUUGUCAUAAAGUUUAUUUAAUGCCAAGAAGUUUUUUUCAUUGUUUAAUUAAUUAUUGGCUUAGUCUAGCAUUUUUAUUACCAUUAUUUGCUUUUGGUAUAAGACAAAGUCAAUAUUUAUUUUUAUGUCAAUUUAUUGCUAUUACUCUUCAUUAUCUUUGUUUAACAACAAUACUUUGGUUAACAUUAUUAACAUAUUGUAUUUGGCAAAAACUUUAUGUUAUAUGGACAGGUAAAGGUCAUAAUGAUGAUACAAAUGAAAAUCCAAAUGGAAAAUCUUCAGUUACUAUUGUUGAUUAUGAUGAUGAUGGAUUACCUAUAAUGAAAUUAAAAACGAAACCUAUUAUACAAUUUUACUUUCUUGCCUAUGGAAUAUCAUUUAUUAUUUGUGGAAUUAAUGUGGCUAUAUCACGAGAUCAAUAUAUUACAAAUAAAAUUUGUUUUUUAAAUAAUUUCGAAUCUCUGUUAACAUUAUUUAUUCCAUUAGCAAUAUUUAUUUUUCUAUUACUCAUAUUCCUCUUAUCUGCACGUAUUAAUAUAAAACGUUUAACAAAAGAAGCAAUACGUUUACGUAAUUUACCAGAUGAAUCGGAAAUUGAACCUGAAACAAAUAUUGAAACAAAUGAAAAUAUUUCAUCAUCAAAACCAAAUGAAAUCUUACCAAUUAUAAUACCAUCAGAUAAUGAUAAUAGAAAUGAAACAUUACCACAUAUUGAUUGUCGUCAAUCACAUAUGGAUAGUUUAUGUUCAUCUGAUAUGGAUCAUCAACAUCAACCAUCUAAUCAAUUAUUAUCAAUAUUAUUUCAAUUAGUUCUUCUAAGUUUUAUAUUUCUAUCAAGUUUAUCUAUAUAUAUACAUCCAUUACAUUCAUUUAAUAUACGUUUAGAACAUUCAAUUUAUAAUCAUUUAUAUGGAUCUUUUGUUUUACUUUUGGCACUUUAUGUACUUGCAUUUUAUGUUUUAUCACGUUCGGAUUUAACAAUGCAUUGUCAAUAUAAUAAUUGUUUUAGAAAACGAAAGAAAAAACGUUUAUUAAAUCAAUCAUAUAAUGAACCACCACCACCACCUCAAACACCACAACAAUCUCCAUCAUCACCAUCACAUCCAUUAAUAUCAUCAUCAAAUGAAACUAAUCAAGAUAAAAUUAUCCUAAAUGAAAAUUUAACUGGUGAUGAAUCAUUUACUGAACAAAUUCCUUCACCAUCACCACCACAUUCUCAUUAUUCAUCAAGUAUGUGUCAAUAUCAAAUGGCACAAAAUAGUGAAAUAACAGCAAUCAAUAAUGGUUUUGCAUAUGGUUCAAAACGUCAAGCAAAUAUGGCAUCGAAAUAUUAUGCACGUCAUAGACAUAUGCUUAAAACAAGUAUAUCAACUAGUGACACUAGUUUACAACAAAAUGAUUCAUUACCUCAUUCGACAUUGAAUACUAUUCAACAAGAAUUAACAACACCUGUUGAUAGUCAACAAGUAGAACAUAAUUCACCAUAUGAUUUAUUAUCUAAAAAAUCCAUCAAUAGUCCAAAAGAAUCUCAUAUAAUACAAAAUGGCAAUGCACGAUUUCAUAUACCUUCUGUUGCUUCACCACGUCCAUUUAUUCGUCCAUCAAAUUUACCAAUAUCACCUCGACCACAAGCGUCACCAUCUCAGGCAAUUAUUCGUCCAUUACCUAUCAUACGCCUUUCUUCACCAAGUACAAAUAAACUUCUUUCAAAUCCAACUACAAUAAAUUCUUCAUCAACAAUAAUAACAAAUAGUCAUGUAAGUCCAAUGAUUGAUUUAAAUACUGGAAGAAAUUCGUAUCGUGUUAUGCCAUCACCAUCAACUGAAGAACGUCAUGCAACAUAUGUUUAUUUAAAUAAAAAUUCUCAUUUAAUUCAACAAGAAAAUUCUUUAAAAGAAAAACCAUCUAUUUGGAAAAAACCAAUUAAUGGUAAUCAUUCGCAUGUUGCAUAUAUUGACGAAGAUGAUGAAGGUAGUGUUUCACUUAAAUCCUCAACAUGUGAUUCAACAACAGCAACAUCAUCAAGUACAACAUCACCUGUUAUAUCAAGAAAAGAUCGUUCAGAAAUAUUAUCAUCUUCAUCAUCAUCAUCAUCAUCAUCAACAUUUUCAACUGAUUUUCCUAAUGGUGCUCUUGAUACAAAUCAAAUCAUACUACAUGAAAGUAGUGUGUAA